AUGGGAGUGGCUGUCGGUGAAGCAACCGUUCCAAUUUGGAGGGAUCACUUCAAGAUAUUGCUGAACCAGCUGGCGCCGUCGGUUUCUGAACUGGAGCACGUUGAUAGACCGAUAUAUGCGGCAGAUGAGAAACUACCGAUCAAAUCGAGGGCUCUGGACUGUAUCCAAAAGAUGAAAAAUGGAAAAUUUGGUGUAAGUGACGGAAUCUGCGUAGAAAUGCUGAAAUAUCUUCCUUCUUCUGUGAUUCGUGAGACGACAUUAACUGGAUGGACGAAAGGAUGCCUGACUCUGGAGUCACGCUAUAACAAUACCUCUCCACAAGAAGUUAUCCGUCACUGA